GGGCCGGGUCUGGGGGGGGGCGGGGUGGGGGCCCGCGGGCCGGCGGAAGAUGGCGAACGUGGGGCUGCAGUUCCAGGCGAGCGCCGGGGACGCGGACCCGCAGAGCCGGCCGCUGCUGCUGCUCGGCCAGCUGCACCACCUGCACCGCGUGCCCUGGAGCCACGUCCGCGGGAAGCUGCAGCCCCGGGUCACCGAGGAGCUCUGGCAGGCUGCGCUAAGCACGCUCAACCCCAACCCCACGGACAGCUGUCCCCUCUACCUGAACUAUGCCACCGUGGCCGCCCUGCCCUCCAGGGUGAGCCGGCACAACAGCCCUUCCGCUGCCCACUUCGUCACCCGACUUGUGCGGACCUGCCUGCCGCCCGGGACCCAUCGGUGCAUCCUGAUGGUGUGCGAGCGGUCGGACGCCUUCGCCUCCGCGUGUGCCCUGGCCCGGGCCUUCCCCCUCUUCACCCACCGCUCGGGGGCCUCGAGACGCACGGAGAAGAAGACAGUCACGGUGGAGUUUUUCCUGGUGGGACAAGACAACGGGCCAGUGGAGGUGUCCACUUUGCAAUGCUUAACAAACGCCACGGAAGGCGUGCGGCUGGCCGCCCGUAUUGUGGACACUCCGUGUAAUGAGAUGAACACAGACACGUUCCUCGAGGAGAUUAAGAAAGUUGGAAAAGACCUGGGGAUCACCCCAACGAUCAUCCGGGAUGAGGAGCUGAAGACGAGAGGGUUUGGAGGAAUCUACGGUGUUGGCAAAGCCGCCCUGCACCCCCCCGCACUUGCCGUCCUCAGCCACACCCCAGAAGGAGCCACCCAGACCAUUGCGUGGGUGGGCAAAGGGAUCGUCUACGACACCGGGGGUCUCAGCAUCAAAGGGAAGACCACCAUGCCGGGGAUGAAGAGGGACUGUGGGGGUGCUGCGGCCGUGCUGGGGGCCUUCAGAGCUGCCAUCAAGCAGGGUUUCAAAGACAACCUCCACGCUGUGUUCUGCUUGGCCGAGAACUCAGUGGGUCCCAACGCUACGAGGCCGGACGACAUCCACCUGCUGUACUCAGGAAAGACUGUGGAAAUCAACAACACUGACGCUGAGGGCAGGCUGGUCCUGGCGGAUGGGGUGUCCUACGCCUGCAAGGACCUGGGUGCGGACAUCAUCCUGGACAUAGCCACGCUGACCGGAGCGCAGGGCAUUGCCACGGGCAAGUACCACGCUGCGGUGCUCACCAACAGCGCGGAGUGGGAGGCGGCCUGCGUGAAGGCUGGGACGAGGUGCGGAGACCUGGUGCAUCCGCUGGUCUACUGCCCCGAGCUGCAUUUCAGCGAGUUCACCUCGGCCGUAGCUGACAUGAAGAACUCCGUGGCGGACCGGGACAACAGCCCCAGCUCCUGUGCUGGCCUUUUCAUCGCCUCACACAUUGGCUUUGACUGGCCUGGGGUUUGGGUCCACCUGGACAUCGCUGCACCCGUGCACGCCGGGGAGCGUGCCACGGGCUUCGGCGUGGCUCUCCUGCUGGCACUCUUCGGCCGGGCCUCUGAGGACCCUCUGCUGAACCUGGUGUCCCCACUUGGCUGUGAAGCGGAUGCCCCGGAGGCCGACGCGGAGAGGGACUCCAAGAGGCGCAGGCUCGUGUGAGGCCGGCCGCUCCCCGGCCCCCUUGUGACACAAGGCUCUUUACCUCACUUUGCACUGAUUCAUUUUAAGCAAUUGGAAGAUUAUACCUUAAGAUAGGCUUUGGUUUGUUUUUAUCUUUAGUUGUCACAGUGAUAGAAACAGCUCCUUCAUUAAGACAGCUCAGGGUCUGGGGGAUGGCCCGGGGCGGGGGGCGCUGGGGCUCGCGGCUGUUUGAGUUACCCGCCAGGCCUCCUGCCGGCUUCUGCACACUCUCCUCCCUGCAGGGGCCUCCGCACGCACGACCUUGAGGCUCCGGGAUGCACAGAUGACCCUGCCGCCUUGGCCAGGUGGCCUUUGGGCCUCCUGUCCCUGCUCAGUGCCCGCAGGGGGUGCCCGUGGCCUUAUCCUUGGCCCCCAGCCCCCUCGCAUGGCAUCCACGUCAUGGAGAGCCCAGGCCGUGCUCCAGCCAGGGCAGCUGCUGCCUCCAGGCAGCCCACCCCUUUGAAAGGACGGAAGUAACUUGUUUCAGGGACCCAAUUUUACGGAAGCAAGAGGAGUCUCUGGGCCCUUAGGAGUCCCUGGAGCGUGAAGUAAAUAUGGCCGCAUCACAUUA